AUAUAUAUAUUUACAUAUUUAUAUAUUUAUAUACAUAUAUAUAUGUAUGUACACAAGUACGAAGUAAUCUUCAGCAGAUAGCAGUGCAAAGAGUUGCUAUCUUUCUUCUCUCCUCUCCCGUUUAAUCAUGGCAACCGCUGCAACAUCAGGGCAUUGUCUUGCUCGUUUUAUAGACUCGGAACCACCGAAAUGUAACUUCUCUUCUUGCCAACAAUUACCAGUCAGACAAUUAAUCCACCAGAGAUACCAGUCCUGUUGGUUGUCCAUGAAUGGCUGCCAAGGAGACCCCAGAGUCCCCAUUGGAACCAUUGAAACUCGUACUUUCUCUUCAGUUCUAUCUCCAGCAUUAGCCAUGGACACGCUCACUUCAGCCAUUCGUCACUUGAAGUCAAACCCACGUCCUUUUACCUCUGGAAUCAUACGCCUUCAGGUGCCAAUUCAAUGCAGAAUAGAUGCAAUUGAUUGGCUCCACGCCCAGUACGGACUUCUUCCCCACUGCUUCUUCUCCGGUCGAAGCCGGGCCGGUAACUCUGAUCGUUUCUUGGACUUCACUAACGGAACCCAAAACGGCCACAACUCAGUCUCACUUUCGGAUAAUCUGAUCAGUGUCGCUGGAGUCGGCUCAGCCGUCUUCUUCCGCCAUCUCCACCCCUUCUCUUACCCUGACUGGAGAUCCAUCAAAAGGUUCUUGUCUUCAACAUGUCCGUUGAUUCGUGCUUAUGGUGCCAUCCGCUUCGAUGCCAGUGCGAGUGUAUCACCAGAAUGGGAAGCUUUUGGUUCUUUCUACUUCACGAUUCCUCAGGUUGAGUUUGAUGAGCUUGAAAGGGGUUCAAUGCUUGCCGCAACUGUUGCAUGGGACAAUGCUCUUUCAUGGACCUGGGAAAACGCCAUUAACGCACUUCAAUCUACUCUACAACAGGUUUCUUCCAUUGUAGUCAAGCUAAGGAAAGAAGCUUCAAAAACUUUCAUUUUAAGCAAUAAUCAUAUUCCCAGUAAGACACACUGGCAUCUUGCUGUUAAGAGAGCUUUGGAGAUUAUAAACAAAAGUAGCUCACCACUCCUUAAGGUUGUGCUUGCUCGUAGCAGCAGGGUUCUAACUGCUACCAAUAUUGACCCCAUAACAUGGUUAGCAUGCUUACAGGUUGAAGGGGAAAAUGCUUAUCAGUUUUAUCUCCAGCCACCUAAUGCACCGGCUUUUAUUGGAAACACGCCAGAGCAACUUUUUCACAGAAAACAGCUUAGCAUUAAAAGUGAGGCUUUGGCUGGAACUCGUGCCAGAGGUGGCUCAAAAUCUGUAGAUCUUCAAGUAGAACUUGACUUACUUUCCAGUCCAAAAGAUCACCUUGAGUUUACUAUUGUGCGAGAGAGCAUAAGAAGAAAGUUAGAGGCCGUAUGUGAUAUGGUAGUGGUUGACCCAGAAAAAGCAAUAAGAAAACUCCCUCGAGUUCAACAUUUAUAUGCCCGAUUAGAUGGUACAUUAAGAAGUGAAGAUGAUGAGUUUAAUAUCUUGGACUCUCUUCACCCUAGUCCUGCAGUUUGUGGAUUUCCAACAGAAGAAGCACGGCUUUUAAUUACCGAAACUGAAUUAUUUGACAGAGGAAUGUAUGCCGGGCCUGUUGGUUGGUUUGGCGGAGGAGAGAGUGAAUUUGCUGUUGGCAUCAGGUCAGCCUUAGUGGAAAAGGAUGUUGGGGCACUAAUCUACGCUGGAACCGGUAUAGUAGAAGGUAGCAAUUCGUGUUCAGAAUGGGAAGAACUGGAGCUCAAGACAUCUCAGUUCACCAAGCUGCUUAGACUUGAGGUGCCUUCAUAGCCAGAAGGUGGAACAGCUGAUCUUUGUGCUGCAGAACAAGUUAGCUGCUCUGAUUUGGGAAUUCAAACAAAUUCAUUUUGUAGACUUAGCCACAAAGUUGAAUUCAAUUUGUUUUUCCUUGUUCUUAGUUUUAUAAUUCUUUUGGGUGAGUAAAAUUCAAUUGAUGCUUUGUCAUAAACCCUCAAACAAGCUUUGCUGCUAUGGAAUUAAUGGUUGAUGAGUGUGAUCAAAGUUGUCUAA